AUGGGGCAGGCGAGGGAACACAUCGAGCGGGCUGUGUCCAUUGUCACGCUAGAGAUUACCCCCUGCGGGCUCAAAGACGAGUCUGACCGCGACGACCUUAUCGCCCAAUGGUACACCCACCGCACCGGUGGGGGCAUCAUCGAGACUCCUGUGCUAGAUAAUGAGGCUCGAGAAGGGGAGGACGAUGAAAAUAAUGUCAUCGUCGCAGGCGAGGACUAUGUUUCUGACGAGGACUCGGACCCUGGUUACGGUAAUACCCACCUUAGGGAGGAUGGUGACGGCGAUGAUUCCGACUCGUCUGCUAUAAUUCAAGCUUGGUUUAUGAGACGUAUACUUCAAGGUCACCAUGUUCUUGGUCAGACUGGCACUAUUCGUCGACCAGUCUCUGACAAUGGACCUGAUUCCGAUUCCGAUUCCGAUUCCGACUCUGACUCUGACUCGGAUGAUUCCGAAGACUCUGAUUCCUCCUCGAGUUCUUCUUCCUCCGGUUCAAGCUCCGGUUCUUCAUCAGCUGCAUCUGACGAGACAGUCCGCGCCGGCCCUGUAGCUCGAUCUCGUGAGGACCUGAUCUCAGAUGAGGACUUUGCGGCGAGUGUAAGCAGGGUGGAUUUCUAA